AUGGAGGCGGCGGGAUCAUGCAACUCUCAGACUGCGCUGUGUGAGGACCUAAAGAUUGAUUUCUGUGUCGAGUGGCCUCCUCCUCAACCAGCAGUAAGACUUGAAGAUGAUCGCCUACUUGAGAUCAGCUUCUCUGUCGCCGUGGAGCUUAAUGCCAGCAAUGAGCGCAUUUUGCUGGAAGCCGGUCCUGAAGAAGGUGGUGGAGAGGUGGUGAAAGCAUGGCACCUUCUACAAGCUAGCAAGCGCCUGUUUUGGCAGCUGGAGUAUGGGAAUCUUACUCAUCAAGAGGUGAAGGAUAAUGACGAUGGAACAGGUACAUCCAUGGGUGACCAGGUGUACUGUGCGUACGCAAAGUAUGGGCAGGAGGCCCGAGGGCAGCCUUGCAAUGACCACAGAAGCUUUGAAGUGGAUCUUUGCACAGAGAUUGGCAAUUGUCCAGAUGGUCAACAACUGCCUUGCGGCAUGAUUCUAAAUGUUGUUUUUCCUCAAGGGCUGGCCAUCAGCGAAGGGGUUCACAGCCUGCAGACGACCAUAGUUCGAUAUACACGCCCUUGUGAUCCUCCACAGCUUCUAAAUUCCUUGAGGCUCAGCAACGAUGGCCGCACGCUCUUCUUCUCGUGGUCAUUGCCUGCUUUGGUGGCCGACCCGAUGGCUGCUAUUUCACUCUGCCGUGGAGAUCAGCCUUCAGCACAAUGCCUGCUUGAAGGUGUACCCAUUUCAGAUCAACGUGUGAUUCCUUGCAUCACUGGACCAGACAGCUGUACGGAGUGGUCCUUGGAUGUCACGGAUGCAGGCAAAGACGCCUGCGGUCAGCUCAGCCUACGGGUGGAGGAAGGAGCUGUUCGUGCAGUCAGAAACGAGCACAUCACGUCCCAUGAAAGCCUUGCAUCAGUAUCGCAUCCCAUUCCGUGCGGAAGUUUCGAUGAACCUUCCAGGCCAAAAUGCCUGGAACUGAACGACCCUGUUGUCCUUGAGCCAGGCCAGUCCAACUUGAACUUUCAAGUCGACCUACGUGGAGGACACAUUGACGUGGUCACAGCAGACUCCAGAAGCAGCUUUUUGGGUGGAUUGCGAAAAGGGGCAAAGGAUACACCUUGCGCAAUCAUUCCAAAGGUUGCAAUGAAGUUUUGGAAUGGCGCGGAGCGGGUCCUUUACGAAUACGUUCGUCAAGGAGGUCAGCUCUAUGUCACCGGUGGCCACCACAAUCGAGAGAUCCUCAGAGAUGUUUUUGGCUUGGAUGUGCAACAUGGCCAUUCGGGCAACGUACAGCACUUGCAGAAGCUAGACGCGAAAGGAAACAGCGUGAGCGGGCCGAGUUUCAGCCAAUUGCAGCAAUGUUCAAGUCACUGGCUGAGAGAGCUGCCAGUUCUGAAUGCGAUGAGCUCUGUAAAAUUUUCAUCCCUGAGAGCAAACCACUUCAGUCACGAAGUGGCAGCGAUUGGCAUGUACUCAGCUGAAGAAACCUUUGCAGAAGCCAACAGCUUUAGCGUGGUGGAAGUCACAGUCGGCACAGGUUUGAUGGAAUACUUUGCCUUUGACUGGUAUGAAAAUCUGCAAGAAGACAGACGCCCAUGGGCAAUGCAGCUAGCAUUGCUGGCAGAAUGUAACGCAAAACGACGAAGCGCACAAUCAUUCCUUGGUGCCAGUCAGAGCGUUGGGGGACCGCAGGCUUCAGCAGCUGAAGCCUACAGGCCUGCAGCCAAGUACACCGAGAGUGCUCAGACUGGUAGUCAGGAAGUCGUCAGCGGCAGCUCGCAGCCUUACAGGCGUCCAAGCAAGUACGCCGAGAAUGCGCAAAGCGAUGGCCAUUUUCAUUUCGGGCCUGCUGGACAGCAACCUGCCUGGCAGCCAGGAGAAUCUCAGCCUCGACGCUUGGAGGCUUUAGAUGCGUGGAAAGCAGCAUCGCCCCUAACUGGCGAUCCAGUCGAACCAGAUCUGGAGGUAUCUAUUGCGGUGGCUUGUGACGCAGGGGAGAGGGCAGCAAAUUGCGACGGAUUGAGAGAUGAGAUGCUGCAGACUCUGCUGACACCAGAUUCAGAUUUCUACACGAGCUUGGCUGACAAUGGGAUGAAGUUGGAUCUUUCACACUUCGCGCCGCCUCACGUCAUCAAGGUGCUGUCGGAGUGUCCAUCUCUUCAGCGCAUUGAGGAUGCAGUGCUCACCAUGAAUGCUGCUUGCGGUUUUCGUGCAAGUCAUGAGAGCAAGUUCAGUGGCUCCACUGCGUUCUUGCGAGAACAUGUGAUUCAGUCCCGCUUGGGGGUCGAAGUUUUGACCGAAAAGUUGCGGAAGCAGGUCUGUCACAGACCUGUGUGCAGAGGGCAUGUUUUGCGCUUGCACAAGCUCUUGGCUGGAUGUGGUGAGGGUUCAGGCCACAAGAGUGUCAUUGCCCGAAUCGUGACAGCUGUUGACACCAGCAUCGAUUCCUGUCUUGAGGUGCACAGCGCUACUCAAGGAGAUGCCACGCACUCUGAAGUUGCGUCAGCCGGAAGUGCAGUGGGUGUUUGGUCGAGUGAUAUGAGUGAAGUCAAUCAUGUGCUGGUCAAGGGCAUCGACACAGGUAGCCAGGCUGAAAUGCGUGCUGUGGAGGAUGCUGUCUCCAGGAUAUUGGCAGAAGACUUGCAACUUCCAAUGUUUGCCUUUGAAGAGCGGGGCGGCAGCUUUGCGGACAUUUUUGAUCCACUUUUGGGAGGUCCCAACGUGCUCGCUGUUGGGGACGCAAAUCUCCGAGUUGCGGCUAGCAUCACUCCAAUUCAAAGCAGUGAGCCCUUUGAUGAAGCAGUUGGAAUUUUUGAGCAGAUUGAGGAAAAAAAUACGCCAGUACGGCAAAACCCAGAGUUCAACAACCAGCACAAUCUUCAAAUGUUGGCUAUCCAGCCAGAAUGGAAUCAGCAAGACGUGGAUCCUUCCUUCGCUAGAAUCCGCAUCAUAUUCGAGGACAUUGUUGCUAAAGACGACCUGUCAGCAAUCAUUAGAAUAAUUCCAGCUGCACUGAAAGAUGUUUGCCUUCGCCAAGAGCUAGAUGUGGACGAUACCUUUCAGUGGCAAAUGUUCCCGCAUGACACCGGGCUUGGUUCCUUGAGGCCUGCCAGUGUGGGCGUUUCGACAGAUGCGGUCCAGGGAGUUCCAAUUGGAUUUUUUUGCCACAAAAUUACCGUUGGAGAUGAUGCCCGUGUAUUGGCAAGUGGGGAGGUCCUUCAGAUCGAGUUGGACCAUCCCUUGCUGCGCAACACCGAAUAUGUGGUUCUUCUUCCACCACGCGUUGUGAAAGCUGCUAUGGGCAGCACAAAGUUUCCUGGAGCUUUGUGGGACGGGUGGCCAAACGAAGAAGGCCAAGGAAACCAGGAAUAUGUCUUCACAACUGGCGUGCCAAGAGCCUCAAAUGCAAGGCUUUCAAUUGCUGUAAGUUGUAGUUCGGAAAAGGAAUGCGAUCGUCAGAGGGCGCUGGUCAGUGAACAAGGCAUGCAGGACCUUUCCAGUCGAGCUCUGUGCUUCGCUGCUUGGUUUCGCUGUUCCCAGGAUCCAAUCUCCCAGAAACACUGUGAAGCUCCCCAUGAUAUGAGCUGGUGCAACGUCCAUGGAAACUGGGCUCCGUCAUGGGCUCCUGCAAGUCAUCGGGAGGAGGAUGUGCAGUUGAGCGGGGUGCCUGAUCAGGCUGUCUCAGAGGUGCAAUCGAUCAGCCUGCCAUCAUGGGUCUACAUCAUCGCUUUGGCCUGCUGGGUGCAAGGGACUUUCGCAACGCUGCGAGCAGCUUGGUGGGUCAGCGACAGUUACACACAAAGCCGUGAUUUCGACCCAUAUAUAGCCCAGGGACUUCGGAGUUUGCCUAUCAAAGCUUGCGCGGUUGCGAUGGCAAUUCCAUUUCUUACAGGUCUUUUGGGUGCGUUGAUGGCUGUUCCCCUCUUCCGUAUUACAGUACACAACUUGUGGCGCCAUGGAGCCGGCAGCGCCAAUGCUCUGGCAGAUGUGAGCCGUUUACAUCAUCAGCUGGCCACCGCAUUUGCAGCAGCAUUUUGUGCAAGUGAGGCUAUCACUGUUGUUUUUGCCUACUGCCUUAUCGCGUACUUUAAGAAUUGGGCAGCCGACAAGGGGCAGAAAGUUGCAAUAAGUGCGCUUUGUUGCGCGGCAGCUGGCGCAGCUGGAAGUGCUUGUGGAUGGGUUGGCGCGUCUGACUUCCGGCAAAUGACAAAUCCGUCACUGGGACUUGCUUGGGAUUUGGUUGUGCUUCUGGCUAGUGCUGGCUUUGCCCAGCUUUUGUCUUUGACGUUGGUACCCACUGCAAUCUUCAUGGUCCUUUGCGAAAUGCCUGGGAUAGGAGAUAUCCUGACACACGCCGUGAAGUUCCAGUUUUUUCAGUGGCAAGAGUGGUGGUUUGGAAGAAGUGCCGGUUCAGGUGUGUGGUCGCAGCUGGUCCUCCUUGUGGCCGACAUCGAAAUAGACGAAGGAUUCAUUUCUGAAAUGCUCAAUAUGGGCAUGGAUGACGGGCACUUGUUUCUCAAGUUCUACUGUCCUGACACUCCGCAUGAUGUUUCUCUCACACGGAGCCAUGCUGUUCGAUGGGGAGGCGACAACCAUGUGCCCCAGAAAUUCGAUGGUGAGGACAUCUUCGUCAACUUCACGGACCCUUUCACACUUCUGCGCGUCGACGUGAUGUUUCAAGAGGAGACCUCCACUCGACCUGAGUGUGUAGCAACUACUACUUGGGACCCAUGGUGCGCAGCGCUUCUAGAGAAGUUCUUUCACAAUUCUGAAUUGUGCAGCUCAAAUGCCAUUGAUGGAGACUUUUGGAACCCGAAGGAUGUGUUCUAUCCUGAUGGACGCCCAAAACAUGGUGUCUUCUUGAAGUUGGAGUUGAAUCUCACCCGACAUCGAACGGAAUGUGCACCAGAAAUGGGGGUGCUCAGGUUUCAUGCUACGCACAUGGGUGGCUUCGGUGGAACACGGAGAACUCGUACCGAACCCUGGACCAAGCCUGAAAAAUCCAUGACGCUUGGGGACACCAUUCACAGAGAUUGGAUUCUUCGAAGGCGGCAUAUCGUUGAGGUGGAAAAGAAUGAUUUCACAGAUGGUCGAUUUCGCCGAGACCCAGCUGAGGAGGAAGAAGAGAGGUGCUUCAUUUUCGGGCGUUGCUAA